AUGGCGGCCGUUGUGAAGCAACUUCUGGCUUCACAAAACUUUUUGAAGCAGGUUCGACACCUGCAGAACUUCGAGCAGCUACAGCAGAAGCAGCACGUGGUCCUGAAGUCUUUACUGGCGAAGACAGCCACCCUGUCGGCGGACGAGGCGUGCCGCAUCUACGAUGCACAAGACCGGAACGUGUGGACGGAUGCACAAGUGCAGGAGGUGCAGGCAGCGGUCGCGGCGAUCCCCUCCAGCGAGGCGUGCAUGAAGAAGGGGCAGCUGCAGGACUUUGCGGCAUUUGUGCCGUUCUUGAAGAGGAGCCAGUGGCAGGAGCUAGAGGGAUGUCGCAUGCAAGACCAGGUGAGCGUGAAAGUGUUGAGGUACUUAGCUGAGCUUGGCCUGCGACAUCCGACGGAGCCUACUCUGGGCAAUGUGCUGAUCUUCAGCAUCCUGAUGCUGGAGAUGCCGCUGCCGGAUGCCGAGACGUUCCAGACGGAAUUUGAAAGUUUCAAGCCGGCAGCUCGGCGCUUGCUUACUGCUCACGGCAACCCGCUGUUUCACUUGCAGAUGCUGCCCGAGACUGCGGCUGCGUUGCCGGUUCAAGUGGCCCAGGCUGUGUAUGUCACGGAGGGCCCGGCGAGAGGUAAGGUGAGCAUGGAGCAGCUCGGUUUCGCUGCUUCCAAGUUACCGCUUCGGAAGAGCAGUGCACAGCUGAAGAAGCAGCCGGAAAACGCAGGGCAGCUCCUGGGCGCCCUCGUGCAAGGACUGUCGAGUAGCUUGAGUAGCGGGUCGGGGCGGCCACCGGCUUUGCCUGUUGCACAACCGCCCAGAGCGAAGCAGCCGCUGGCAAUCCUGGACCGUGAGCCCCUGGCAAUCCUGGAUCGCGACAGCGAGGCCCCGCCGGCCGUGGAAGCGAAGGUUGCGGAGGAGAAGACCAACGAAGCCCAGGCUUUGGAGGAGCCGGCGGCCGUGGAAACGGCGGAAAGUCACCUCGAGCGGCUUCAGAAAGCUCUGUAUGGCGACGAGCCCCAAGCUUCGCGAGGGAAGAAGCGAAAGGCUGAGGCAGAGCCGAUGAAGAGACCUGCCGCAGCGAAGCAGCUCCAGAAAGCUCUGCGAGACGACGAGCCAGAAGCUUCGGGAGGGAAGAAUCCAGAAGCUGAGGAGGAGCCAGAGCCAAUGAAGAGACCUGCCGCAGCGAAGCAGCUCCAGAAAGCUUUGCAAGGCGACGAGCCAGCAGCUUCGGGAGGGAAGAAUCCAGAAGCCGAGGAGGAGCCAGAGCCGAUGAAGAGACCUGCCGCAGCGAAGCAGCUCCAGAAAGCUUUGCAAGGCGACGAGCCAGAAGCUUCGGGAGGGAAGAAUCCAGAAGCUGAGAAAGAGCCAAAGCCGAUGAAGAGACCUGCAGCGAAGCAGCCUUCGCCGGCCUUGAAAAGACCUGCUGCGGCCGCGAAGCCACCCGCCGCUCCGUCUGGCAGGGCAGCUGUGCCGGGCAUGACCUGGGAGGAUCGCAUAAAUAUCCUUGCAUGCAAGAACAGUCGAGACCCUGCAGAGCUGCAAGCUAGCUACGGCCGCUGCAGUAGAGCUGGCUUGCAGAAGCUCCUCGCAGCAUGCCUGGCUACGGCCGGCACUAUAGCCUCCUGCAGCGAGCUGGCUACGGCCGCCCCUGCAGGCAGGCUCCUGCAGCGAGCUGGCUACGGCCGCUGCUGCAGGCUGCGACUUGCAGUGGGCUGGCUACGGCCGCCGCUGCAGGCUGCGACGUGCAGUGGGCUGGCUACGGCCGCCGCUGCAGGCUGCGACGUGCAGUGGGCUGGCUACGGCCGCCGCUGCAGGCUGCGGCAUGCAGUGGGCUGGCUACGGCCGCCGCUGCAGGCUGCGACGUGCAGUGGGCUGGCUACGGCCGUGCCCAUGGGCGACGACGAGGAGAAAGAAAAGAAAAAAGAAGAGGAGGAGAAGGCGGCUAAGGCCGCCGAAGCCGAGACCUCCUCCGAGGAGGAGGAGGAGGAUACCGGGGCCCUCACAGGUGAGCCGCUGCUCGAGAACCCGCUCUCGCGGAGGCGGGAGGCGGAGCUGAAGGCUCAGCUGCACGAGCAGCUUCAGAGGGCCUCGCCAAAGAGCUCGCCGGCAGCAGCCGCCCGGGACACGACGAGGGCCUCGCAAAAGAGCUCGCCGGCAGGAGCCCCCCGGGACACGACGGACGCCUCGGAGGCUACAGCGAAGGGCAACCGGGGACGAGGGCGGCGAAACAAUGCAGCGAGGACCUACCGCUGCAAUCGCUGCCACCAGUACCUGGUGCCGACGGUGGCAGGCUACAGGUCCCAUCGUCGCAGCGCCCUGUGCUUGGCCUGGCGAAGAUGGGAACUGGGGGCGAGACCCUGGGACACUUGCGUGUCCCGGGGCCAGGCCGACUACGAGGCCUGGUGCAACGGGCACUUCCCCUUCGAGGACUCCGACUGCCCGCCGGACUUGGAUGCAGACGGCGGCCAAUGCAGCACCGGCUUCCUCCGUGGCUUCGAGUCCCAGCGGAAAGCCGCCUGCGAACCGCGGCAGCAUCUGGACGGCGCCUCCUCCGCUGCCGGCAGCCUUGCAGAAGCCGGCCUCGAAGCCGAAGCCUGCUCACGUGCAGCCGCCGCCGAGGCCCGUGCAGCAGCAGGAGAAGAAGCCGGCGGCGGCGAAGAAGCUGCGGCGAGGGAGCAGCUCCGACAGUCAAUGGCGGACUUCUCGCGGAGCGAGCUGUGCGAGCUGCGGAAGCGGCUCAUGGAGCCCUGCGAUGGCGAGGUGCCUCUGCCGCCGCCGGAGGAGUGGAUAGACCACGAGCUGGAGCUGGUGCGUGAGACACUGUAUUUCAUCAUGCAGUUCCGCUCGGUUGGCAAUCGGGACGUGCUCGCCAAGUGCAUCGGGGUGCUGGCGUGCCUGCGGUCGAUGUGGGAGCAGCUGUUCGACGGCUGCCGAAACAAGAACCGCAUGUGGAGCGGCUACUCUUUCGUGCCGCGAGAUCCCGAGACCGACCUGGAGUCGUGGCUGCGGCAGGUGCCAGCCUUGCAGCUGCGGGAUCGAGUGCGAGAGCUUCGCUUGUGCCUAGGCAUCCUGCCGCACUACUUCGGCCGCAGACUGGGCACGGAAUGGGACCAGAACUUCUCCACGGCGAGUCUUGAGGCCGCCAAUGUGCUGCAGAGACUGCAAGAGCAGCCUGCUUUAAAGGUAGUGGUGCAGACGGGUGCGACUGUGAGCACCGAGCGGGUCAAGCCGGAAGCACCGGCAGCCGAGACGGAGGAGCUGCAGUCGCAGCAGUCUCGUGCCGGAGCAAACCUGGAAGAGCCCACCAAAGAGGUCCAGACCUGCAAAGAGUGCAAGCAGGAGUACGCUGUCGAGGAGGACGACAAGCAGGUCUGCAAGCACUGCAGAAACCUGAAGCUGCGGCUGUGGCGCCGGCUCGGUGCCUGGUCGACCUUCAACUCCCUCAGCGACACCGAAAGGGAGCGGUUCUUUGUGAAGACGCAGGGCACGUCCUGCUGGCGGACAAUCCAGUCUCAGCUCGUCGAAACCUUGACUCGCCAGCGAGUCUCGGAGACUCGCAGCGAGACGGGCGGCUCCUACCUUCCUGCCUCGGUGCUGCUGACUCAAGGGUACACACAGGACGUGAUCGACGCCUGCAGCGACACGGAGGAGAACCCCGCCUUGGGCGGCACGACGUACCGCCUGAAGGUCCACUCCGAGUACUGUGUCGAGACCGAGAAGACCGUCCGCGAGGAGCUCUUGAACCGGGUGAAGCAGGUGUGUGCUGGCAAGCAGGUGCCCAAGGAGUGGGACGUGCAGCGGCCGGAAAAGCCGGGCAAGAACGAGAAGCCGGACCGUACGGAGGAGAAGGAAGACAAGCAGAAGGCCAAGUUCCGGAAGGUCGCUCUGGCCCUGGCCAAGUCGGCCCUGCCUCAAGUGAGUGCUGCCUGGUGCAGCCUGCAGACGGCGGUGUCGGGGGCGGGCCUGCCGGCAGACCUGGAGGAGGCAAAGAAGGGCGAGUUGCUCGGGAUGCUGCGGAAGCUCGGGGAGUGGAAGAACGCCUGUGAGCACACCCUGGCGAACAAAGAGAACUUGCAGGACCUGCCGGUGCUGCCCUUCCGCAAGGACGAGGUGAAGCCCACCUGCAAGGCUGCAGCGGAGCAGCUGAAGGACGUGAAGCUUUGCAGGGCCGCGGCCGCCAAGCUGAAGCGGGAGAGCAAGGCUGCUGAGAAGGCCAAGCAGGCCGCGGCGCCGGCAGGCGAGCCGAAGGCAAAGCGCCCCCGCACGGAGCCGGAGCCGGUCACUCGCUUGGACGAGCGGGGAGUCCACGUCUUCAAAGGUCCCGGACAGCAGGUGGAAAGCUUCCGAGACCUGCGCAGCGCCUUCCAUGCCGGGAAGCCGCUGCCUGCUGAGGCGGCCGCAGAAGCAGGGGCGGGGAGCAGCAGCAGCUUAACUGCAGGCGCUCCUGCGGUCGAACAGGUGCUGGCAGAAGACCGGCCUCUUGCAGAAGCCACGGAAGAGGCCCCGGCUCGGACACCCUCUGCAAACCGCAAGCGGCCGCACACGGACACCGCUCUUGACUUCCUGGCGCCGUGCACCGAGACUCUCCGAACCCUGGUCGGAGCCGGGUCCUUUUCGGCAGCGGAUCGGCAGGAAGCCGAGGAGCUGCUCGCUGCCGCGAGUGCAAUCAUGUCGGCGGAGCUCGUCGACGGCAAGGAGAAGCAGGAUUGGCCGGAAAUCUUGCGAUUGCACACUGCCGCGACCGACUUGAUGGCUCGGCUGCAGGACAAGCAUCAGACGGCCGAGGCCACACAGCGGACGCCGCAGAGCCUGAUAGGCAGCCCCUGGCCGGCGACCAGUCCGCCCAGUCGUCUUCUUUCGGCGGAUCUUUUUGCCUCGCCGCAGACCCUGCCUCCGACGCCUCUGCCGAAGCAGGAGAAGAAAAGAAGGAGCUCUCACAUCCGCUGUGAGUAUGCCGGUAUGGAAAACAAAGAGCUCCAGCACGUUUCCAUGUACAUGCAAGGAGUCCUUGACCUGCCCACGGCACGAGAGCAGCUCAAAGACUUGCCAAGCCUUACGCCAAGGCUGCUGCAGCAGGUGCUCGCCCGACUGACGGGUUCGGAGGGGAGCAGAAAGCAAGCCGUGCUUCUGAAGGCCGAGCGGCAGCUGUUGUCCUUGCUUCCCCUUCCACUUGCAGGCGAGAAAAGGUCCGUGCAGCUCCCUGUUGUCCAGCUUGACCGGCUGGUGCAGGAGAAGUGCCGAGCUUGUCCUUCUUUUGGAGACCUCCUGAGUGAGGCCGUGCUGCAGGCGGGAACUGCGGGCAUGAAUGCGGUUCUCUACGUGGACGAAGCAGUGCCGGGGAACGUCCUCAGACCGGACAACCUGCGGCGGUCCUACUUAGUCUACGUGACUUGGAUGGACCUGCAGCGAGCUUGCACGUCCGAGUUCGCCUGGUGCACGGUCGCCUGCAUCCGGCAGAGUCUCCUCAACCAGGUUCAGGGAGGCCUGCCGGCGGUCAUAGCUGCGAUCCUGGACAUGCUGCAAAGCAGUGUGUUCGAGGGUUUCGCUGUGGAGGGGUCUUUAGGCCCGGUGCUGCUGCGAACGACACGGGUCUCGCUGCUGGCGGACGAGCCGGCACUCACAUCCGCUGUGAGUGCGAAAUCGCAUGCCGGUAUGAGGCCGUGUUUAAGGUGCCGCAAUGCUAUCGCUAUCAAGCAUGGCGAAAGAGCAGACUUCGUGGAUAUAUCAUGUCACGACUUCAAUGCCUUUCUGCCACAAACGAAGCAGCAGGUUAGCGAAUACAUGCGGCUCCUCUCCGGCAUCAGGGUGAAAUCCAAGCUUGAGGAGUCCCAAAAACUUUUGGGUUGGAUAUAUAACCCCGACAGCAUCGUUUGCCGAGACUCCUGUCUGCUGACGGUGGAAGGCUGUCUUUUCGAUGCGAUGCACUGCCUCUGGUGCAAUGGCAUCGUAGGACAAGAGGUCAGCCUCUUCCUCCGUGCUGCGAAAGACAGCAUCGGCUUAAAGCAGCAUCAGGUUGCUGCUUUGGGAGAUCUGCCUUGGAAGCCAGGUGUUGGCGGCCGCUCCAAGGCAGGGCCCCUUCUCGAUGCCAAGCUGUUGACCUUCGACUCAGACUACAGAGGGGAUUCGAGCCAGACCAUGUCGCUGCUGCCCCUCCUGACGUAUUUCGCCAGGAUGGUUUUGCUGGAAAAGGGAGUGCCUGUUGCGGCAGUGGAAAGCCUUAGCCGGCUAUGCCUGAUUUGCAAUCUCGUGAAGCUUUGCAAAUUGGAGGCUCGGCCCGAGCUUUGCUCCAAACUUCUGGAGCUGCAGCAGCAGCACCUGCAGGGCUUCAAAAAGUACUACGGGCAAGACCAGGUCCGGCCCAAGCACCACUACAGCCUUCACUUGGGCGAACAAACUAAAUCAAUGCGAAGGAUGCUGGACUGUUUUGUUUGUGAAAGGAAAAACAAAACCUUCAAAGAGCAAGCUCGCAACCACAGCAACUUCGAAGGCACGACCUUCGAAAGCUCGGUGCUGUUGCGCCUCCUCAAGGUGGAUACCCAAGCUUCCGUCGGGUAUGGCCAAAGCGACUUUCUGGCUCUGGCUAGAACCUUGUCCAGAACGGAUGCGGCCGUCGCUCCGCUGGAUUGCACCUACAGCAAGUGGAGGUUCAAUGCCUCGGCCCCUGUGCUGGCCUACCUCAGUGACGUUUGCAACGUUUCUCGGCCUUGUUGGAGUCUCGCCGAAGGUGAGUUCGUGACCCUUCUGCACUGA